AUGACCUCCAAGAUGGAGCGUCUGCCUCAAGAACUUGUUGAUUUGAUUUAUCUGUACAUAUCCCCUACAGAUCGCUGUACAUUGCGACUUGUAUCGAAGCAGCUCUACUUCCUGACUUUGACGAACUUUGGCAACACUGUCUUCUCUAAACGUGUGACGACGCUGGGCGUCGCGUCUCUAAGUCAACUGCUGCAAGCGUCUGGACAUCCCCAAUUCUCUGGUUGUGUGAAUUUGCUCGACGUCAAGCUAUUGAACUACGAAGAUUAUGGUAAUCUCCAAAAGAUUGAUCGUGUGGGCAUAUAUCCGCCACCGAAGCGGCUUCCGAAAGUACCACAGGUCAAAACAGGAGAUAUUAGGCGGGAGAGCAAGCUCCUCGAAUACAUGCGUACUCAUCAAGACCCCACGGCUGUCAUUCAUCCACUUGCGCGUGCCUUGAAACGGCUCCGAAAUCUAAAAACUAUCCGCUUGAGAGUGAACGGUCUCACCCUAUAUGGCAAUCUCCAUAUCCUCGCCGAAGACGACGUCUACCAAUCUUUUAUGUCGGCAUGUUUCAGAGCUGUUCUGGAAGCAAUUGUCCGAUCCGGCGUCAAAUUACAAGAGUUUACGCUGAUCAAGGGUAACUCAGUCCGCCCUAUGAGCAAGUCUGCGAACUUGGACUAUCGAGCAUUCACCUUUUCCUUUCCCUUAUUUCAAUCGCUGGGGCAUGCCUUCUCCUGUUUGAAGUCAUUGCGUUUGUCGAUUCGUACCGAUCCUAAAACCAAUUCUCGAUCACAAGGCUGGGAGACCGGCGUAACGAAUUUCAUCACCACUGCUCCGGCGUUGGAAACCCUUACACUUUGCAUGGAUCCAAUAGACUGUAAGCCUCAAUUCAGAGCUACCAUGAUGCGUUCCAUAUUCAGUACCGUCGAACUACCGAUGCUUAAUUCUCUUCAGCUGUAUGGAUGUGCUGUGGACGAGCUGGACCUCGUCGCUAUGAUAAAGACGCACGCCUCAAGCUUGCGACGCCUCCUGAUAAGCGACACCGAACUGCGCCCAGGAACAUGGAGAUCAAUCUUGAAUUUGUUGAAGAACGAAUUGGAUCUUGAAUAUUUGCGUCUCCAGUAUCUGCAGCAGAUUCCCCAAUCUAUCCGGUGGUUUGCAGAAGAGACGAAGCACACGGGCAAAUUGAUCAUAGACGCUGGGAAGAGUGGAGACAAGAGUUGGAUGAAUGAAAAGUUGUCGCAGGCGAUUUCUUCGCUUACUGCCGCCAUUCAAACGCAGGAGAUUUCGGACAUUUGA